AUGAAUUAAGACACAACCAGUAUAAGUUUGAAAGCUCCGCUAUUAAAUGAAGAAGCAGGAGAUAAAACAGAAUUAGUUAAGUACUCAAAAAGAAAUAGAGCAGGCAUAAUAUCAUAAUUGUUCUUUGCUUGGGUUUAUGGUACAAUAGAUGUAAAUUUGAAUAAUUAAUGUAGAUUGCUUCAAAGGUGACAUUAGAAAAUGAUAUGAUAGAAGAUAUUAGAUUUGAAGAUACUAGUGAAUAAUUGUAUCAUAGAUUUUUGAAGGAAUUUGAAAAGAAAAAAGAAAAGAAAAAUGGCUUGAUUUGGUCUUUGAUUGGUGCAUCUUUAGGAAAAUGUGUCUUUGUAUUCACAGUAAUGUUAUUUAAUGUACAUCACUAUUGA